CAGUUCAAGCCGAGACAAGCAAGUAGUCCUCAAGAGGCAUCAGCCACACCAGAGCUGUCACUUCACUUUUCUCCCUCCGAUUGCCUUCGUGUCAACCAUCCCUCACCGCCACCCAAAAACCCUCUCUCCUCCUCCUCCGUUCGCCGCCACACAUGGAGGCGGUCGGCUCUCGGUUGGGCCGAGCAUCCUCCCGCUACGGUGCUCCCACCGUCUUCACCGGCCCUGUCCGUAAGUGGAAGAAGAAGUGGGUUCACGUUUCUCCCCACUCCUCCGCCUCCUCCGUUCCCUCCCAUAGCUCUCACCACUCCCAAUCCAACACUACCAACGGCUCCGCCUCUCGCCUCCUCCUCUGCCGCUGGACCCCUAUCACUGCCUCCUCCGCUUCUCCUGCCGACAAUGACUCUGCAAAUGCCUCCGAUGAACCUCCCAGGCGGAAGUUCCGCUACACUCCUAUUGCUGUUUUAGAGGAACAGAAAAGGGUGGCUGUUGGAAAGGCUGAAAAUGGACCAACGACUGAAAUAGGCCAGUCAACAGCUAGACCGACCAGACCGACCAGCAUGACUCAAGAGACACGUGGGAAGUUGAACAUGAAUGAAACCUCAGAGCCAGAGGAUGAGACUCAGGAAUUAAACAUCAAUCCGUUGGAGCUUGGUUUAGGCUUCAAAGGUGACGACGAUGACGACAGUUGAAACAAUGAUUAACAAUUAAGAACAAGAAGUUCUGGUGGGAGGUCGACGAGUUGAAUCUCUGUAAACCUGUUGGCCCCAAAAAGAGAAGUGGAAGAUAGAAACUGAAUUAGUGUGGAAGUUAAGUAAUUCAGGAAAGAGCCGAUGUAUUAUGAUGCGCUGCUCUGUGAUGGAGUAUUUGUAUAGAUUGGUGUGGUUAGUUAUCGUUAGUGUAGGAUUAGUAGUGAGUAGCGAGUGUUGGUUGAAAAUAGGAUCAUCAUUAUCAGUUGUAUUUAUGGUGCGUUGAUUCCACAAAUUGAGACUACUCAGUAACAGUAGUGUAUGAUGCAAAAUCUCUUAGGGAAACACGACUGCUCGGUGCGUGCUUGUCAAAAUAAAUAGCCCGAAUUUGUAUGUUA